GCGCGGUAAGUAUAGACAAGCACUUAGAGAGGAGCCAGAGUUCACAGGAAAGGCCAUGGAAUCCCACUUUUACUCACUGGCAUCCCCCAAGAGAAGGCCAGAGAAAAAUCAGCCCAGGGGAGAAAAGAGUUCAAGGGUCAUGAAUGGUUGGGGACACACUGGAGUUCGGGGCGGUGACGCUGAAUGGAAUAUGGAUUUAUAAUAAUUUAUAAUAUUAACAGCAAUAUUACAAAUUGGAAUGAAUCAUGCUAGAUAUGCUGUGUAAGGUGUUGGUGAAAAUGUUCUGAUUUCCCAAGUCUAAUAAUCUUGUUUAUGUUUGUAUUGCCUUUGUAUUGUGAGUUAGAGAUAUGUAGGGUAUAUCUGUAUUUCCAAACUUGUGCUGUGUUUCUGGGUGACACCCCCAGGCAAUUUGACAUCAGCACUGCCCAACCUGUUUGAUGGUCCAUCAAGGAUCAUCGGCUGUACAGUUGACCCAUUGAGAGAAGGCAAGGGAUACAUCUUAUCAGUCAGCAAGGCAUGUAGUAACUGGAGUAACUUUUCUACAAACAAAGCUCUAAACAAAGUACUGAAAGACCCAUCCAAGCUGUGGAUGUGUUCCAGAGGGACUUCCAAGCCAGCAAACUCACCAAUACUCCUAAGAACAUGAUAUAUGGACUUGGAAGUUUCUAUAUGUGUUUGAGUGCUUUAUCAUUUAACAACUCUUUAUAAUAAACCUUUAGUUUUAGACACUAAAGGAUUGGCUGGCAGCACGGUAUUUUGGGUAGGAUCUAAACGAAUAUUGACCUGGUAACGUGGCUGACCCUAUGGGGUCAGAAGAACAUUUGGUAUAUGUGAGCAGAGUUUUUAAAUGACUUCUCCCUGUACUGGACCUAGGUGCUGAUUGGGAACCAGAGAACUGGAAUGGAAUUAGGGGACUGGGGGGGAUUUUUUUUUUAAACUUCUUGAUAACCAGCGUGGGAGAUCAGAAGUACGAACUCUGACUGGUUGGUGAGUUUAACUUCAGUGUUAACCACUAGUUUGGGGAGUAUCUGCUCUCCCUUCUGCAGCCUGGCCUGACCUUGGCAUUUUCAGUGAGGGCAGCUCCGGGCACCCCGGGUCACAGGGGUGUGUGAGGGAGUUAUGAAGAAAGCCUGUAAUCUGAUAUUUGGACAAAAGAAGGUGGAGCCAUGGCCGGGAAGAGCUGAGGAACCCCAUAUUAACCCAGGUCGGGAACAGCCGGGCAGUUGAACGUCUGCAAACUCAGAGACAAAAUGGACCAGAGCCGCACUAAGAAAGAAGCUUUGGAGAAACUUUUUGAUCCAAAAGAGUUUUUGAAAGCUUAUUAUUCCUUUGACUCCACAAGCAGUGAAAAAAAUGAUAUUUUGAUGUUUCUUCUGAGAAACUUCUUUAAGACCUUCAUUUUGGAUGGCGUUAAAGGCAACACCUUGAUUCGAAUUGGCGGUGUGCCCAGCAUUCUCGAACUCCUUUCUGCCUGUGAGUCCUUCAAGGAGAUCAUCGUCACACACAAUACGGAUCGGAACUGCCAGGAACUGCAGAAAUGGCUAAAGAAAGAGCCGGGAGCGUUUAACUGGAUUCCGGUGGUGAAAUACGCGUGUGAGCUGGAAGGGGACAGGUACGGGGAGGAGAGCUAGUUCUGUUACAAUUCACCUAAAGAAAAUAUGUAAAAAUCCCUUUUAAUUUGUGGCUCUUCCAUCCCUGGGGUACUUUUUUCCUAAUAAUUGUUAUGUAUUAUGGUGGUGUUCAAUACGUAUAAAAAGAAAGAAGUGGAUUGGAUUGAAGUAAAGGAAAAAUUUAAGAGAAGUCUGGAACCAGGACUCCCCUCCAGUUACCGCUAGCAAGGGAUUCCUCUGAAUUCAGCAGACUCAGAGCUUGAUCUUGCAAUGCUUACAAGAGGAAGGUUUACACCUACAAGGGUAAUUCCUCCCCCCCGCCGCCCCGGCAGAGUGGUGAAC